AAAUAAACUUUAGGAAGUGUUCAUAAGUUUUAGAGGGGAAGAUACACGUGCAUCAUUCACUUCACAUCUCUAUGCUUCACUUCAUAAUGCUGGAGUUAACGUUUUUAAAGACGAUGAUUCGCUUCAAAGAGGAGAUCAAAUUUCAACAUCAUUACUUAAAGCAAUUGAGGAGUCUCAAAUUUCUGUGAUUGUUUUUUCAAGAAAUUAUGCAGAUUCGAGAUGGUGUCUAGAUGAGUUGGUAAAGAUAAUGAAGUGUCAGUCAGAGAACCAUGGGGCAGAUAGUUUUGCCGGUAUUCUAUGAUGUAGAUCCCGCAGAAAUACGUCACCAAAAAGAUAUGUUUGGCAAAGCAUUUCAGAAUCUCUUGAAUAGAAUUUCAAAGGAGGAAGACGAAUCCCUUUCAAAGAAGGAGGAAGAUGAGUCGCUGGAUUCUGAGUUGAGCUGGAGAAAGGCACUUCGAGGUACCGGAUACGCGCACCAGUACCGGAUACUUGCAUGGUAGUCGCUGCGUACUUACAAAUCAAAAUCCAUUUGAUUGAUUCGGAGUCGUGGAUACGACAAAAAUGUGCAGGUGGUUUAAAAAUAGCAUAAAAUGUUUUAAUUUUUUAUUACAUUUAAUUAUUUAUCUUGCUUUUGAUGAAAAUAGUUGAGGUGGUGGACAAAUUCACUCAAAAUAUACUUAUUUUGAUACUCUGCAUUAACGUACCCGUAUCUUAAAUUUUUUCAAAAUGCCGUAUCACGUAUCCGCACUCAUAUCGGGUAUCGUACCCGUACCUAGGCAACACAAGAAUACAUGUUACCAAUUUUAGAAGUGCAUUUUCGGACGCCAAAAAUUAUUUGGCUUGCAUAUGUAGCAUGUAAGCCACUCUAGCCGGCAAGUAAUAUUCAGAUCAUGCAUACUGUUUAGGGCAUGAACCCCCCAAUUUUGAAGAGAACCUUGACAAUUAUGUCAUGUGGCAGUGCAUAAAGUAGAUAUUCUCUUGACCUUUUUGCUUGAUGAUGUUGCAAUUCUGUGCUGAAUGUUUUCUUAUGCCAGACACUGUAUGACAAGUAUAAUCUUUUGGAGACACCAUACUGCUAGUUUUAUUCCUUCAUGAAGAUGAAGAAUUUAGUUGUUGAUGGAAAAGUUACCUCAAUUUCUUGAAAGUGCAUUCCUUUUAAUAGAGGAGGUAAGCCGGAAGCCUUGUCCAUCUUCUACUAUAAUAUGCAAUCUUCUUGUUUUAGGGAACAGUUUCAUUGUGAAGAAGACAGCAGUUUGUCUCAUAUAUGAUAAACCAAUUGGCAGAAAAAUGGACAAAAGUCACGUACCAGAUAAGAACAGCUUUGUUUGUAGUCGUAUCUUUUAUGAGGAACUUUAUCUAUGGAAAGUUUAGAGCAUAAAUAUCAAAUUUUAGGGGCUGAUCAUUUGUAUGCUAUCUAAUGAAAAGUCUAGCAGUCUGCAAUCAAGUUCCUAAUAGAUUAUGUAAAUAACAAUGAUUAGAGUAAAUAGUGUUUUGAGUACUAAACUAAUUGAGGAAAAAUACAUUCAAAUACAAAAUGACUAACAAAAGAUACAUUUAUGUAUGUUUCUGUGACUUUGAUGCAUUGAGUUGUGACUAUUGUGACAGGAGAUUUUUUUUAUUACCAAAUAUACUGUACAUAUUUAAAAGUUGAAGGAGAUAUUUAUGGGUAUUGGUUGGUAUGCUGUUGACAACUAAUGUGGACCCGACACAUCAAAUAAUUCUGCUUCACACACACACUUUCACACUACAUUACUCUUCUCUAAUCUUUCCCCUGCUGCAUUCUGUUUGUUUCUUUCUUUCUUCUGCACACUUCACUUUUCUGUCAUAUAAUUUUCUGUUUCAAUAAUUAAUUAGUUCCCUCUCAACCAUCCAUGUCUUCUUCCUUUAGCUUCCCCAAUCUUCUAAAUGACACAUACACAAAGAAUCCAUCGAAAACAAUAAGGAUCCAUGACGUGUUCUUAAGUUUCAGGGGCGAAGACACACGUGUUUCCUUCACUUCACAUCUUAACACUUCUCUUCUAAAUGCUGGAAUUAAAGUUUUUAGGGACGAUGAUUCGCUUCAAAGAGGAGAUAUCAUUUCAACAUCAAUAAGUAGAGCAAUUGAACAAUCACAAAUUGCCGUGAUUGUUUUCUCAAAGAAUUAUGCAGAUUCGCGUUGGUGUCUGGACGAGUUGGUGAAGAUAAUGGAGUGUUCCAAAUCAACAGGACAGGUUAUUUUGCCAGUGUUUUACGGUGUAGAUCCUUCGGAAGUCCGUCACCAAAAUGGUGAGUUUGGUAGAGCAUUUCAAAGUCUCUUGACUAGACUUUCAAAUAUGAAAGGACUUUUCAAAGUGUUAAACUUUAAAUCUGGAUCGCUGAAUCUGGAGCAAGAACGGAGUUGGACAGCGGCGCUUCAUGAGGUAGCAGGCUUUGCAGGGUUUGUCGUACUAAAUUCCAGGAACGAAAGUGAGGCUAUCAAGGAUAUUGUUGAAAAAGUUGUGCGCUUGCUAAACAAGACAGACUUGUUUGUGGCUAAUAAUCCAGUGGGUGUUGAACCUCGAGUGGAAGAUAUGAUUCAACUGCUAGAGAAAAGAAUACCGCAACACACUAGUGAACUGCUACAGUUUCAACAAAUGCAAGCUCCGAUUCAACUGUUACAGUUCCAACCGGGGCAAGCUCCGCUUCAACCGCUGCACGUCCAACCAAUGCAAGCUCCAGUUCAGCCGCUACAGUUCCAACCAGUGCAAGCUCCGUUUCAUCCGCUACAGUUCCAACCAAUGCAAGCUUUGGUUCAACAGCAACAGUUCCAACCAGUGCAAGCUCCAGUUCAACAGCAACAGUUCCAACAAAUGCAAGCUCCAAACCUGCAAUCAAAGGAUGUUCUACUAAUAGGGAUGUGGGGUAUGGGAGGCAUUGGCAAAACCACCAUUGCAAAAGCCAUUUUCAAUAAAAUUGGCCGCAACUUUGAUGGUAGGAGCUUCCUUGCAAAUAUUCGGGAAGCUUGGGAGCAAAAUAUUGGACAAGUGUCUUUACAAGAACGAAUUCUCUUUGAUAUUUGCAAAGAAACUACGAACAAGAUACAAAGCAUUGAGGAAGGAAAAAAUAAGUUAAAGGAUAGACUCUACCAUAAAAAAGUACUUCUUGUACUUGAUGAUGUGAAUACAUUGGAUCAGUUGAAUGCUUUGUGUGGAAGUCGUCAGUGGUUUGGUUCGGGUAGUAGAAUAAUUAUCACAACUAGAGAUAUGCAUAUUCUUAGAGGGAAUAGAGUUGAUCAAGUAUAUACAAUGAAAGAAAUGGGUGAAAGUGAAGCAAUUGAGCUUUUUAGUUGGCAUGCUUUCAAACAAGCGAGCCCCAAUGUAGAUUUUGCUGAAAUUUCAAGAAACGUAGUGGAUUAUUCCGGGGGAUUGCCGCUAGCUCUUGAAGUCCUUGGUUCAUAUUUGUUUGAUAGGGGGAUAACAGAAUGGGAGAGUGUGUUGGAAAAACUCAAAAAAAUUCCUAAUGAUCAAGUACAUAAGAAGUUAAAAAUAAGCUAUGAUGCUUUAAAUGAUGACACUGAGAAAGAAAUAUUUCUUGACAUAGCUUGUUUCUUUAUAGGAAUGGUCAGGAAUGAUGUUAUACAUAUAUUAAAUGGGUGUGAACUUUAUGCAGAAAUUGGAAUAAAUGUUCUUGUCGAGCGUAGCCUUGUGACUGUUGAUGAUAUGAACAGGCUUGGAAUGCAUGAUUUGUUGCGUGAUAUGGGAAGAGAAAUCAUUCGUGAGAAAUCACCAAAGGAUCCUGAGGAGCGUAGCAGGUUAUGGUUUAGUAAGGACGUACUUGAUGUAUUAUCAGAACAAACGGGAACAAAAGUUGUUGAAGGACUGACGUUGAAGUUGCAAAAAGCUGAUGCAAAAUGUUUUACUACAAAAGCAUUUAAAAAUAUGACAAGGCUGAGAUUGCUUCAACUUGUUGGAGUACAACUUGAUGGGGAUUUUGAAUACCUUUCAAGAAAUUUGAGAUGGAUUUCUUGGAAUGGAUUUCCUUUAACAUGCAUACCUACAAGCUUUUAUCUAGGAAAUUUAGUUUCCAUUGAGUUAGUUAACAGCAAUGUCGAAUUUCUAUGGAUAAAGGCUCAGAGGAUGGAGAAGUUGAAAAUUCUAAACCUUAGUCAUUCUCAUUCCCUGAGACAGACCCCAGACUUUUCGAACAUGCCUAAUCUUGAAAAGCUAAUACUCACUGAUUGUCCAAUGCUGUCUGAGAUUUCUCCUAGCAUUGGACAUCUCAAUGAAGUCCUUCUGAUAAAUUUGGAAGACUGUAUUAACAUACGGACCCUCCCAAGAAGCAUAUACAAGUUAAAAUCUUUGAACACCCUUAUUCUUUCUGGGUGUUUAAAGAUUGACAAGUUGGAAGAUGAGUUAGAAGAUAUGAAAUCUUUAACCACCCUAAUUGCAAAUAAUACGGCAAUAGCACGAGUUCCCUUUUCAGUAGUAAGGUCGAAAAGCAUUGGAUAUAUUUCUUUGUGCGGUUAUGAAGGAUUCUCACAUGAUGUGUUUCCAGCUAUCAUUUGGUCUUGGAUGUCACCGACAAAUAAUCUCCCAUCUCCAUUUCAAUCACCUGCUGGCAUUUCAUCUCUUGUUCCUUUAGAUGUACAAAAUAGUAGUUCUCAUGAACUAUCAUCUAUAUCCAAUUACCUUCAAUGGCUUCGAUGUCUUUUGGUGGAGUGCGACUCAGAACUUCAACUUUCUCGAGACACAAAAAUAAUUCUGGAUGCCUUAUAUGCCUCAAAUUCUGAAGAGUUGGAAUCAACUGAUACUUCACAAGUUUCGAAUGUGAAAACUUCUACACUAAUUCAAUGCUACAGUCAAGUAUCGAAUGUGAAAUCUCUGUUUAUUCAAAUUGGAAUGAAUUGCCAAGUCACUAAGAUUCUGAAAGACAUCAUUUUACAGAAUAUGGCUGUCAAAGGGUGUGGUGGUCAAUUGCUCCCCGGUGAUAGUUAUCCAGAUUGGCUGACCUUCAAUUUCAAAGGUUCUUCUGUAAUUUUUGAAGUCCCUCGGGUGCAAGGGCGUAACUUGAAGACAAUAGUGUGUGUUAUAUAUUCUUCAACACCUGAUAACAUAGCCUCAGAUGGCCUUAAAAAUGUGUUGGUAAAAAAUUACACCAAGGCCACCAUUCAACUCUAUAAGAGAGAGGCGUUAGUCUCUUUUGAAGAUGAGGAUGGCGAGAGGGUAGUCUCAAGUAUAGAACCUGGUAAUAAAGUAGAGGUUGUUGUUGUUUUUGAGAACAGUUUUGUUGUGAAGGAAACAAUAGUUUAUCUUGUAUAUGAUGAACCAAUUGGAGAAAAAAUUGAGAAAUGUCAAGAACAAGAAAAAAAUGAUAUUGUUUACAGUGGUGAUGAUAAUGAAGGCAUUGUGUGGACAAGCUCUCCACCAGUGGAACUCGUGGAUGAAAAUGGCAGCGCUGCUAGUUGUUGUGGAUUGAUCAAAUAUAGUUUCAGACAGUGGAUUACAGAUUUGGUGCAUAAAUUAGUGGAGUGCAGGUGAAAGUCAAGUUGGCCUCGAGCUUGAUUCUAAAUAAUCUAUGGAUUUUAAUCGAUUCUUUUAUGGAAUGGAUUUUGCAUGACUUUUUAGUUGAAAAUAUAAAUAUCAGACUCUUCCAACAAUCCCA